GUGGCACAAGGAGACUCCCAAACUCAAGAACCUCACUCUCCUGGAAACCCACUCAGAACCUCCACCCUCUGACACCAUGGUCAGCUCCUACUGUGGCUCUGUCUGCUCUGACCAGGGCUGUGGCCAAGGCCUCUGCCAGGAGACCUGCUGCCGCCCCAGCUGCUGCCAGACCACCUGCUGCAGGACCACGUGCUACCGCCCCAGAUGCUGUGAGUCCAGCUGCUGCAGACCCCAGUGCUGCCAGUCCUUGUGCUGCCAGCCCACCUGCUGCCGCCCCAGGUGCUGUGAGUCCAGCUGCUGUCACCCCCAGUGCUGCCAGUCCGUGUGCUGCCAGCCCACCUGCUGCCGCCCCAGGUGCUGUGAGUCCAGCUGCUGUCGCCCCCAAUGCUGCCAGUCCGUGUGCUGCCAGCCCACCUGCUGCCGCCCCAGGUGCUGUGAGUCCAGCUGCUGCCGCCCCCAGUGCUGCCAGUCCGUGUGCUGCCAGCCCACCUGCUGCCGCCCCAGGUGCUGUGAGUCCAGCUGCUGUCGCCCCCAAUGCUGCCAGUCCGUGUGCUGCCAGCCCACCUGCUGCCGCCCCAGCUGCUGCCAGACCACCUGCUGCAGAACCACCUGCUACCACCCCAGAUGCUGUGAGUCCAGCUGCUGCAGACCCCAGUGCUGCCAGUCUGUGUGCUGCCAGCCCACCUGCCGCCGCCCCAGGUGCUGUGAGUCCAGCUGCUGCCGCCCCCAGUGCUGCCAGUCUGUGUGCUGCCAGCCCACCUGCUGCCACCCUAGGUGCUGUGAGUCCAGCUGCUGCCGCCCCCAGUGCUGCCAGUCCGUGUGCUGCCAGCCCACCUGCUGCCGCCCCAGCUGCUGCCAGACCACCUGCUGCAGGACCACCAGCUACCGCCCAAGAUGCUGUGAGUCCAGCUGCUGCAGACCCCAGUGCUGCCAGUCUGUGUGCUGCCAGCCCACCUGCUGCCGCCGCAGCUGCUGUGAGUCCAGUUGCUGCAGACCCCAGUGCUGCCAGUCUGAGUGUUGCCAGCCCACCUGCUGUCAACCUGCUUGCUGUAUCUCCAGCUGCUGCCGCCCCAGCUGCUGCCAGACCACCUGCUGCAGGACCACCUGCUGCCGCCCCAGAUGCUGUGAGUCCAGCUGCUGCAGACCCCAGUGCUGCCAGUCUGUGUGCUGCCAGCCCACCUGCUGCCGCCGCAGCUGCUGUGAGUCCAGUUGCUGCAGACCCCAGUGCUGCCAGUCUGAGUGUUGCCAGCCCACCUGCUGCCGCCCCUCCUGCUGUGGUUCCAGCUCCUGUGGCUCCAGCUGCUGCCGCACCUGCUGUUGCCUGCACCCAGUCUGUGGCCAGGUCUCCUGCCACACCACUUGCUAUCGCCCCACCUGUGUCAUCUCCACCUGCCCCCGCCCCACGUGCUGUGCCUCCUCUUGCUGCUGAUGCCCCGUGACCACCAUCUCUGUUUGCUCUGUUCUCACAGAUGUAGACCCUCCUACUGUGCUGACCCUUAGGAUACAUGGAGCCUGGCUAACACAUUCAGUGGCUUGGACCCAUGAUUCCAAUGAGUCCAUUACUAUCCCACU